CGGCGCCCAGCCCGGGCGGCUGGAGCUUGCGCGGUCCGCGAGUGGCCGCUGGCGGAGCGGCUUGCGGUGCCCGGCUCCGCACUUCCUCGCUGCCGCCGGGAGAGCCGGUCCCCGAAGCCCCGGCGAUGGGAGUUGAGACCCGGUGCUGGGGGCAGGGGCUCGCCGGGGCGAAGCGAGACUCCGAACGGUCCGCGGGCAGCGCCGGCUGCUGAAGGCCAACGCGCCCCGGGGAGACUGGGGACUCCCUGCGGAUGCCCGGCUCGCCGAGGCUGGAUUGCCGGGGGCUCUGCUAGUCUCCGAGGAGCUCCGUGUCUGCCCUGCGCUCCCCCCCCCCCACACCCCGUUUGCUCCCUGCCCGCUUGGAAAGUCCCGGCUGCCCAGGAUGGGGGUCGGCGGGUGCUUGGUCGUGCCCUGGAGAUGCCUCGCCGUCCUCUGUCUCAGGCUGCUCUUCCUUGUGCCCGCAGGCGUGCCCGUGCGCAGCGGAGAUGCCACCUUCCCCAAAGCUAUGGACAACGUGACCGUCAGGCAAGGGGAGAGCGCCACCCUCAGGUGCUCCGUGGAUAACAGAGUCACUCGAGUGGCCUGGCUGAAUCGCAGCAGCAUCCUCUAUGCCGGCAAUGACAAGUGGUGUUUGGACCCUCGGGUGGUGCUCCUGUCAAACACCAAAACCCAGUACAGCAUCCAGAUCCAGGAUGUGGACGUGUAUGAUGAGGGGCCCUACACCUGCUCCGUGCAGACAGACAAUCACCCCAAAACAUCACGGGUGCAUCUCAUCGUGCAAGUGUCUCCCAAAAUUGUUGAGAUCUCUUCCGAUAUCUCCAUCAACGAAGGUGGCAACAUCAGCCUCACCUGUAUAGCCACAGGCAGACCGGAUCCUACAAUCACCUGGAGGCACAUCUCCCCCAAAGCUGUGGGUUUCGUGAGCGAAGACGAGUACCUGGAGAUCACGGGGAUCACCAAGGAGCAAUCUGGCGAGUAUGAGUGUAGCGCAUCCAACGACGUGGCGGCUCCUGUUGUCCGGAGAGUGAAAGUCACCGUGAACUACCCGCCGUACAUCUCGGACGCCAAGAGCACCGGGGUGCCCGUGGGGCAGAAGGGCAUUCUUCAGUGCGAAGCCUCCGCCGUCCCUGCUGCAGAAUUCCAGUGGUACAAAGACGACAAAAGGCUGGUAGAAGGACAGAAAGGGGUGAAAGUUGAAAGCAAAGCCUUCUUCUCCAGACUGACCUUCUUCAACGUCUCCGAGCAGGAUUACGGGAACUACACCUGCGUGGCCUCCAACAAGCUAGGAAAUACCAACGUCAGCAUUAUCCUGUACGAAGAGACAACUACAGCCCUGACACCCUGGAAAGGCCCCGGAGCAGUGCAUGAUGGGAACAACGGCACGUCAAGAAGAGCUGGCUGCAUUGAGCUGCUUCCCCUCCUGCUGUUGCAUCUGCUCCUCAAGUUUUGACCCAAGUGCGGAAUCUGCGGAGUAGCGACAACCACAGCAACAAGAAGAAGAAAAAUGUGCCGGUACCAAGGACCAACCAGUACAUUUGGCUGAACGGCUCUCCCCGCACCUCCCCACCACAUUCCCCAUUCCAAGGCAGCUGGCUCGGUUAUUUCUUUCCGCUCAACUCUCCCACAUGGAUGAUUGCGGAAUCGGCCGCUCCAGCACAUGCAUAUACAGACGCACAAGCUCUUUUUUUUUUUUUUGGUGAGAUUUUCCCUCCCUUUCAUGGACUGUGCUGCCAUUCGUGUUAGUAUGAAACAAACAAGCAAAAAUUGACACCGCCGAGACACAUGAAAAGGAACAAAGCAAACUGGUUGUUAAACAUUUCUUCAUUCUGCUACACACGGACAUCAUGGAGAAUGAGGGAUCUGCUUCAUUCUUAAUUUUAUUAAUUAUAUUUUCUGAUAUGAGCCUAGAACUGUUAGUUCAUAAAAAACAAAAACAAAAAAAAACA